GUGAAUAGUCCAGAAAGAGGAAAACGCAGUUUCACUUGUGCAGGACUGCUCGAGGAUUCAACAUGAGGAUCCUUCCUGUCACUUUUCUCCAGCUGCUGUUUGCCUGGACCAUGCAUACCUGGGCUGAUAUGGGAAGGAUAAGACAGAAACGUACAUGGAUCAUUGAUUCUUACUCUAUUGAAGAAGAAAAUCCUGGACCGUUUCCUUAUAAACUCGGAAAGAUUGAACUUGAUGGGAACUAUAGGGAACGAGUACAUUUCGAGCUCGGUAAUAUGGGUUCACUGGAAAAUAUCCUCAUCAUUGAUAACAAUACAGGUGAAAUUUCUGUACGUGGAAAAGUGGAUUACGAAGCUAUAGGAAAAUAUACUCACAACCUCUAUUUUAAAGCGACGAACAAACACAAUCAUUCAGUGGUCUCGAGGCUCGGGGUUGAGAUAAAGAUAUUAGACAUAAAUGACAACCCUCCCAUAUUUGAUGAGUCAAACUAUGAAGUCACUGUGGAAGAGUCACAUGCCCAAGGUGAAAAGGUUCUGGUAGUGUCGGCAUCUGAUAAAGACGAUUCAAAAGCACCCAAUGGAACGUUCUCCUUCACAAUCAAGUCUGUUACACCAAAAACAGACAAUGUUGAGUUUUAUAUCCAACAAAAUAAUCAAAAUGGCACAAUUUACUUUAAAGGGUGCUUGGGCUACGAGAAAGCUCAAAAAUAUACAAUUCUGGUUGAAGCAAAGGACCACGGAGAAGUGAAAAAGCUCUCAAGCACAAGUACAGUGACAGUCAAGAUUUCUAACAAAAACAACCACCUUCCAGAGUUCUCCGGCCAAACAGGCAGUGGGAAAGUAAAGGAGCGAUACAUUGGGACUGAAGUUUUGAGACUUCAAGUAACAGACAAAGACAGCCGUGGCUCAAAAGCCUGGAAAGCUAAAUACACAAUCCACGGAGACAGGAAGAAUAUAUUUAAAAUAGAAACAGACCCAAAUACAAAUGAAGGCAUUUUAACAGUUGUUAAGCCAAUGGACUAUGAGGAGCAAACAUACCAAAGUCUGUCCAUCAGUGUGCAGAAUGAGGCUCCUUACUUUUCAUGUACGAUUGAAAAGCGUCCACAUGAUUCUAUGUGGGAACUCAACAGAUUUUUUGAAACUCCUGGAACAAGUGAUCCAAACCUCUAUAAGUCCAUCCCAGUGACCAUUUAUGUUGAAGAUGUCAAUGACCCUCCAGUAUUUAUACCACCCGUUAAAGAUGUUGUUGUAAUGGAGAAUACAGAUGCUGGAAUCUAUUUAACAACAAUUACUGCUGUAGAUUUGGAUGAAGUCCAUGGAAACACAAUAAGAUAUAUUAAAGGGGAAGAUGUUGCUGGUUGGAUAACUGUUGAUAAAGAGACUGGAAAUGUAUCCACAGCCAAAAUUCUAGACAGAGAAUCACCAUCUGUGAUAAACAGUGUAUAUGAAGCAAUCGUGUAUGCAGCAGAUGAUGGUUCACCACCGCUGACCGGCACAGGCACUGUGCGUAUUCACUUACAAGACCUAAAUGAUAAUGUGCCGCUGUUGACUGUGGGUCAGGUGCACAUGUGCUUGGACAAAGAGCCCACAACAGUCAACAUCACAGCUGUAGACCUGGACCUUCCUCCAUACAGUUCACCUUUCUACUACGAACUGUUGGGUGAUGUUGAGGGGAAAUGGAGGAUUGAUCCAGCUCAUGGGAUAACUGUGAAUCUUUAUAAAGACAGCAACGUAUAUUCAGGUCAUCAUUCUCUCCAGAUGAGAAUAUCAGACCAGCAGGGAAUUUCUGCCAUCCAGAAUCUGUCAGUCACUGUGUGCAACUGCGGUAGACAUUCCAAAUGCCAAAGAAUGGUGCCAAGCGUUCGGAUGGGCAUUGGGGGCACAUGCGGCGUUCUGCUUGCAGUUCUGUUACUAGCAGCAAUGCUCCUAUUGGCCCUGUUAUGCAGAAGAGAGACAUUUAAGUUUCCAAUAAAUUACGAAGGCUCUAGUUAUUUGAUGAAAUCCAAUACUGAACAUGAAGGAACAGACUGUGAGGUGCCUUUCAGUGUAAAGUCGUUUCAGCAGAGCACAUCACAAGCUAGAUAUCCAGGAAAGCAGACUGAUGCACGGAUUCAGAAUUCAAUUUACCCUGACCAGCUGCCUCUAAAAUCAAUAUGUACAAAUUCCUCAAUGUGUUCAUUCAGGGAGAUAAGACAUUUUCAGAGAUCAAACUUUAUAUCGUCAUCGUCUUACAACAGUAUGUCCAUCAAGAGGAAAAGCCUUUUCAUUCUCUUAAACCAGCGACUGCUUGCUCUUCAAAACAGUGAUGAGGACCAUGAUGCUUAUAAACCGCACUGUUAUGCACAAGAAGGAGAAUUUAUUGCCAAUGCUGAUCUGGAUGCAAUCUCCAUCACCGAGAUGGACUUUCUUCCAGAAAUGCUUAAUAAUCUGGACUGCAAAUACAGAGAUCUAGCAUCAAUUUGCAGACCUGACUUGAUCAUGAAAACAUGAUAAUUAUAUCAGAAAGUAUAGCAAGGGCUCAGUCUUAGGGCCUCUGCUCUUCGCACUGCAGAGACACGGAGUAAGUUUUCACUGCUAUGCUGAUGAUACUCAACUCUACAUUUCCUCGAGGCCUCACGAAACACAGCAGUUCACCAGCAAGCUACUUUUUAUUGUUGAACUCGGACAAAACAGAAGUCUUACUUAUCGGACCGAAAACCGGCACACGUAACCACCAAGAAUAAUGCUUAACUAUUGACGAAUGCGCAAUAAUCUGGGCAUUUUAUUUGAUAGUAAUCUGUCAUUUGAAAACCAUGUUGCCAACACAUGCAAGAAGGAGAAUUUAUUGCCAAUGCUGAUCUGGAUGCAAUCUCCAUCACCGAGAUGGACUUUCUUCCAGAAAUGCUUAAUAAUCUGGACUGCAAAUACAGAGAUCUAGCAUCAAUUUGCAGACCUGACUUGAUCAUGAAAACAUGAUAAUUAUAUCAGAAAGUAUAGCAAGUUUUCUGAUUAUGAGACUGAUAUGGUAUAAAAAAUAAAAAGAGUUAUGUAUAGUGAAUGAUCAGGGUUGAUGUGUAUAGGGGUAAGAUUAUUUUGACUGUUAUGACAGAUAAUGAGUAUAAAUGGUUUUUAUAGGUUUGAUUGUUUGGGUAUUGAUUUCAAUUUUUAACAGCAUUGCUUACUAAUCCAUAACCAAUUUCUAAUUAUUAAGAUAUCAUACUGUACAUCUAUAAUGUUACAUGAAGUCGAACACAAAUAAGAUUCUAACUUGAGAUUUGUGAAGCCUGUGUGCUGCCAUUUUGUAAAGAUCUAGUGAUGUGUUUGGUUUACAUCCAAACGUGACUAAAUAAAAUCAAAAUAUUAAUAGAUUAAUAGAAGAAAUAUUUCGCAAAACUGCAAUUGAAAUUUACAGGUCAACUGGUACACUAUAUGUCUCAUUAAGCAUUUUUUCAUAAUCACAUAGACAUGCUAAAAUGUCAAGGCCACACACACACUACUGUACUGUAUAUGUUACACAUGUGUGAUGGCCAAUGCCACACCAAUAAUAUGGUUUAUAAAUAAUUUAAAGGUUUGUUUUGCUUUUUUUGUUUGGAGAAAUUGGUUUCUGUUUGUUGUUUAUGCUUAUGCUUAUGCCUUUGUAUUUUUGUUUGUGAACCCAAAUAUACACUGCUUAUUUAAAGUGUUAUGUGGUCCUUUUAUAUAAGUGAAAGAACAAUAGCAUCUUUGUUAAUUUUAUUACUAGAGUGCACUCUAGUAAUUGAUUAAAAAAAGACACACCAAAGAAACAACAAGCUAAAUAUUUGGGUUUCAAAUCUUUGUCGAAGGAAAAUAUUUUUGUUAUUCUUACCCCUGGUUCUGAUAUGAUUCUUGGCUGCAGCAUGAGUCGGAGGCUGGCAAUUAAACGGGUGUACUAUUUACCGAUGACUUUUAUAUUCUGUCUGGGAAUUAUGGGGAAUGUAGGUUUGGGAUUAAUUUGUUUUGUAGGGUUUUGGAUUUAAAUAGGUUGUAUUUUGUGUUUUUAUUAUUUUUUUCCAGAUGAUUUUGGAAAAUAAUCUCUUUAUUUAUAUCUGUUUGAACAGAGUGUGGCUUGGUAAUUAUGUGGGCACCCCCAUAUGAAUUAAAUGGGUAUGCCUGACUGGUGAAAAGGGGGUAAUUUCGGAGAUGGAGCUAGUUGGCCUGGGAGUCCCGGGAGAGUAUGUUGAUACC